AGAAGACUGCCAGUCCUAAAAUGACUCUCUUGCACAUGCAUUUGUAUCUUCCUGGCUUGGUCUUUUGGGUUCUACAGAAAUCAGCCUCCUUUGGGCUUCCCAAUACUACUGAACUCCUUUACCAAUCUAGCAGUUCCAAGGCAGGCCUCCCACCAAGCCUUGGAGGACAUAGGACUCGUGGAAAGCGCUAUAUUUCUCCCAGGGAUAUGAGUGCCCUUUUGGACUACCACAACCAAGUGAGGUCUCAGGUGUCUCCACCAGCUGCCAACAUGGAAUAUAUGAUAUGGGACGAUAAGCUAGCCAGAUCUGCAGAGGCCUGGGCAAAACAGUGCAUAUGGGACCACGGGCCUCCACAUCUGAUGAGAUAUAUUGGCCAGAACUUGGCCAUUCACUCUGGCAGGUACCGUUCAGUUGUGGACCUUGUGAAAUCAUGGUAUUACGAGAAGCAGCAUUACUCUUUUCCUUAUCCCCAUGAAUGCAAGCCCAGCUGCCCUUCCAAAUGCAGUGGUUCGGUCUGCAGCCAUUAUACCCAGAUGGUAUGGGCUUCUUCCAACAGAAUUGGCUGUGCCAUCCACACCUGCACCAACAUGAAUGUGUGGGGCAGCACCUGGCGGCGAGCAGUCUACUUAGUGUGCAACUAUGCCAUUAAGGGAAACUGGGUGGGAGAACCACCUUACAAAAUGGGAAGACCCUGCUCGGCCUGCCCACCAAGUUACGGUAGUACCUGCAGCAAUAACAUGUGUUACUCUGGACUAAAAUCCAACAAAGUGAGCUGGUUCUGAGUCUGCUGGAUGUAUUCCAAGCUCUGCAACAGCUGGAGAAUCAGGAUGUCAGACUUGCCGCUGGAAAGGGGAGAGGCAUGGCAGUGUACCACGUAUUGUAAAACAAAAAGAUUAUUUAUUCUUGCAAAAUCCUCAGAUGCUUCUUUUCAGCCUGUUAUUUGGCCCUUACAGUGAUGAAUCUCCAAGUCUUCUUCUCCCUGCUCAUGACUAUAUACUAUGUACACAACAGCAUGCUUUUCCUAUUAUUUUGUUCAAGGAAGAAAUUCUUAAAUCUGGUUGCAUUGCAGGCCACUAUUCAGGUUUCUGGGUUACUUGUAUAUUUUUUUACAUUAUAGACAUUAUAAAGGCGUCUGUUUAGAAGGCUUGCCAGUUUUAAAUUAAAUUCUGUGCAGACGUAUCUCUAGGUAUUCCUCAGGGAUAAAAACAAUCACAUUU